AUGAGCGAAGAGAUACCAUCGGAUGCGACUUGCAAACCCCGAUCUGCGUUAGGAGAUGUUACAAAUCAAGUUGGGAAAAGGGGGUUUUCUUUCGUAUCCACUCCAGGUGUUCAAUCUAUAGAUGGUUGUAAAAAAGAUGAAGGAUUUCAGUUUGCAAAGAAAGAAUGUCUAAGAGUUGAUAACUCCCAAAAAGAAAACUUCCAUAAAGAGAUUUCAGCCAUAGCCAGUAUAUCUAAGAUCUCAUGUGAAAUUAAGGAACCCUGCUCACAAGAUGGUAGAAAAAGCAUCACCUCUUCUGGUUUAAAAGCUGGUGAUGUUGUGAGCCCAUCUGAUAGAAACGGUUCUCACGUGACAGUAGAAGCUGAAGAAGAUGAAAGAACUGAUUCUGUUUUUGAACCACAAAAUCCAUCAAAAGAAAAGCUGGAAAACAGUUUGGGGAUGGAUGAUGGUGAUGAUGCCUGCCUUGAUAAUUUAUAUUCAAGCAAAGAUGAUUAUCUUGAUUGCUCAAAAUUUCCCGAGUCACAGGAGUCCAGAUGCGGUUUAGAGAUUAAGGGCGAUGGAUUCUCAAGCAUGUGUAUAGAGUCUAUCAAAGCUUGUCCAUGUUCCUUUUGCAUGAAAGCUGCUUACCUUUGGUCAGAUCUACACUACCAAGAUAUCAAAGGCCGAAUAGCUGCAAUAAAGAAGAGUCAGAAAGAAGCGAGCAUUUUGGUUAACCAAAACAGCAAGGAUGGUGUGAUUGGUAGAUGUGGGGAAGAGAAUUCAGAAAAAUUCUCAAACUUGGAGUCGGAUCUCACGGGUCGAUGGAUGUCACUUUUUGUUCAUAUGGAGGAGAUAUUUGUUCGUGAGGGAAGCCAACUGGAAACAAGCUUAUCAAUACUUAGAGAACUGAGAGAUGAUUGCAAGGGUGAUUCAGAGGAACAUUAGUCCUCCUCGUGUGUUCAAAUCUUGUUUGAAUUGUUGUAAUAGUUUUUAGUAUUCAAAACAAUUUGUAAGGUAAGAUUGUGCAAGUCCCUUGUGGUUUAGUUUCCCAAACUUUUUUAUUUAUGGAUGUCUUCAUAUGAAUUGGAUCAAUGGUUCACAAAUGUUCAUAAGUCUUUUGUGCUUUCCUCAUUUCAUGAAAAG